UGAGCAUCUUUGCACAGAAGCAUCUGGAACCAGAGAGAGACCGGGGGGGAAGACAGAGAGAGACAGGUGUGUACCCAUCCUCCUCACCUCUCUUUUCUCCUCUGCCGGGCAACACCGGGGAACCCCGGGGAACCCCGGCAUGGCAGAGGAGACUCGGGUCAUCUACCACCUGGAGGACCAGGAGACCCCGUAUCUGAUCCGAAUCAACGUGCCCGCACAGUACGUCACUCUGGCGGACUUCAAACAGGUGCUGAACAAAAACAACGUGAGGUUUUUCUUCAAGUCCGUGGACGACGACUUCGGGGUGGUCAAAGAGGAGAUCAGUGAUGAUGAUGUCAGGCUGCCCUGUGUCAACGGACGAGUCGUCUGCUGGGUGGUGUCCUCAGAUGCCUGUCAGUCAGAUAUUCAGUCAUUGAGCACGCCCACCAGCCUGGCCCCGCCCCCAAUCGAGCGGACAGGUGGGAUUGGACACUCCAGACCGCCCUCCUUCCACGCUGCAGCCACCAGCGGCCAUGACGGGUCAGAGGUCACACCUGUCACUUCACCACCAGAAAGGAGUGAGAGAGAUGGCAGUGACCGAAGUGAGCGUGUGAAUGGCCACACCCACCAACCAGCUGAUCAGAAUGGAGCGGGGCCAGUAGGUUCAGGUGACAGCUCAUCGACGCGACUGAGCAGCGAGUUAGAGACGACGAGUUUUUGCUCAUCUGAGGAUGACUCAGGAGGAAGGUUCAGCCAAUCAACAGAGCGGAGCAACUCUUCUCCGCACCUUGCCAGGCGACAACGCCGGCGUCACCGGAAACCGAAAACGCAACAGAUGGAGCGGUCUGUGUCUCUCAGCAGUGUCACUGACUCCACCAUGUCUCUCAACAUCACCACUGUCGCUCUGAAUAUGGACAGGUAUAACUUCCUGGGCAUCAGUAUUGUUGGUCAGAGUAACGACAGAGGAGACGGAGGAAUCUACAUCGGCUCCAUCAUGAAGGGCGGAGCUGUGGCGGCAGAUGGACGCAUCGAGCCUGGAGACAUGUUACUACAGGUGAAUGACGUCAACUUUGAAAACAUGAGCAAUGACGACGCAGUGAGAGUCCUGAGAGAUGUCGUUCACCAGCCAGGUGAGGUGACGUUAACAGUUGCCAAGUGUUGGGAUCCAAAUCCACAAAGCUGCUUCACGCUGCCAAGAAGUGAACCGGUGCGUCCCAUUGACCCAGCUGCCUGGGUGUCUCACACCGCUGCAAUGACAGGGAGGCUCCUUCCACACUACGAUGGCCCGGACGAAAAACACCUCAACAUCCACAGUGACAUCACAGCUGUCGUAAAGGCGAUGGCCAAUCCAGAGUCAGGACUGGAGGUCCGGGACAGAAUGUGGUUGAAGAUCACCAUCCCCAACGCUUUCAUUGGUUCAGAUGUGGUUGAUUGGCUCCACCGCAACGUGGAAGGUUUCGCUGACAGACGUGAGGCCAGGAAGUACGCAGGAAACCUGCUGAAGGGCGGGUACAUCCGCCACACGGUCAGCAAGGUGACGUUCUCUGAGCAGUGCUACUAUGUGUUCGGAGACAUCUGUGCAGAUCUGGGUCUGCUGUCUCUGCUGGAUCAAGGGGGAGAAUCAGGCCAGGAACAGUGGCCCCCGUCCCUUCCCCACCAGUCUCCCUUCCCUCACCCCUACAGCUCUCCUCACCCACUCCUCCAGCUGCCAGCCUGGGCAGGAAGUGGAGGAGGAGGAAGUCAACACAGUGAAGGGAGUCGCAGCAGUGAAUCCAACUGCAGUAAUGGCCUGAAGAAUGGAGGAGGAGCAGAAGGACCCAUCCAAUCAGAGCCCUCCCAGCGCCUUGGGACUGAGUCCCUCGGUGGCGACAGCGUUCAACAACCCCUGGCGUCCAUCUCUGGUCUCCAUGCCAACGACGAUUCAAAGGACUCGCAGCAGACGCCCCCGCUGUCUCCGGGUCAAGACGUUUCCUCCGGCUCCACACAGUCCCUUCACCUGGCCAUGGGAAACCCUGGUGAUUUCUUUGUUGAUGUCAUGUGACAACCUCAUGACCAUUUAUGUAUUUAUUUACUUAUUUACUUAUUUAUUUAUUUAUUUAUUUAUUUACUUACUUAUUUGUUUGUUUUUUUAUUUAUUUAACUUGUUUGUUUGUGUCUGCUGUGAUCAGAUGUUUAAAGCUGCUGUUAAAAAUGAAACUUUAAUAUUAAGAGUUAAAGUAAAAACAACAAAUGUCAUCAAAAAUCAUAUUUAUUUUAUCACUUAGAAAACAUCAACAAAAUGUAAACCUAACAUUUUUGUCGAUGGGAGGUACCAGGAGAUAAGGAGGAGGAACCAGAGGAUAAGUAAUUAACCCAGAUGUUGGCGUCCACAACGUCUGUCCCUCUGACGGCCUCAGUGGACAGAGCUACUGUUAUAAUUCUUCUUCACUCGAAGGACGAGGGUUUCGGGAAUAUCUGGUUCUGGUGGGCUGGACCGCCGAUCCACUUUAAUGUGAAACAGACAACCAAUCAAUGCAGAGGAUUGUCACCGCAAUGAGGAAUGGAGAUGAAACAUCGAAUGGACUCAUCUGUGUCAGAAUGAGUCAUGUCUUCUUGACUGGAACACAAAGAUAUUCACAAUUAUUAUUAUUAUUGUUUGUAAGCCGCUUGUUUCUGAUGAAUUAUGAUAAUAAAAAAAUCACUGACAAA